AUGUCAAGAGAAGAUCCAAUCAAAGCUGAAAAAGACUUUUCUGCCACCCUAGAUGAGCAAUUCCCACUCAUCGAGAAAAUACCCGACUACAAACAACAGUUGGACAAGUAUUUAGUCUUGGAAAAGCAAACUCGUCAAUCAUCGGAUUUGGCGUCGUCCAAGAGAGUUUUGAGCAAGAUUGUGUCUACUUUGGUUGACAACAACGACUGGGAGUACUUGAACGAUUUGAUUGUUAUUUUAUCUAAAAAGCAUGGACAAUUAAAGUCAUCAAUCCAAGCAUUUAUUCAAGAUGUGAUUGCCAGUUUGUCGAAAUUGGACGAAUCAAAUGAAAACCAGUUGGAAACAAAGAUGAAAUUGAUUGAGACGAUAAGAACCGUUACAGAUAAAAAGAUUUUCGUUGAAGUUGAGAGGGCCAUUGUUUCGAAACAAUUGGCUGAAAUAUACUUGAACAAGAAGCACGAUUUAGACAAGGCGGUGGAAAUCUUGUGUGAUUUGCAAGUUGAAACGUACUCGUUAAUGCCAUUUAGCGACAAGAUUGAAUACAUUUUGGAACAAAUCAAAUUAACUUUACAGAAAGGGGACUACAAUCAAGCCAAAAUAUUGAGCAGAAAGAUUUUGCUAAAGACGUUGAAGAACUUUGACAAGGCCGACGAAUUUAAAACGACGUAUUUGAAGUACUUGAUUGAUAUAAACACGUUUGACUACGACUACAUUUCCAUUGUCAAGAACUUGUUGUUGUUGGUUGAAAUUCCAUUAGUUCAGGAGUCCGACAGCUACAAGGAUUACCUUGUUCAAACCAUCUACUACGUAAUCCUUUCUACAUCUGACCCUCACCAGAUUGACUUGAUCAACAGAAUACAAAAGAACCCUAUUUUCAAAAAGAAUGUUGACGCAAAGAUUUUCAAAUUGUUGGAAAUAUUCUCCACCGAUGAGUUGAUUCAUUGGACAAAUAUUGAAUCCAUUUACAAAGACGAAUUUGAAAAGUCAUCCAUUUUUAAAGACACCAAGAAUUACCAAAAUUUACAAAAGAGAAUCAUUGAGCAUAAUUUGCGUGUAAUCAACAAAUUCUAUCAAUUCAUUCAGUUGGAUAGAUUAGCCUAUCUUUUGCAAUUGUCGGUUGACGAAUCGGAAAAAUAUGUUAGUGAGCUUGUAAAUGAUGGAAUGAUUGUGGCUAAGAUUAACCGGCCAAAGGGGGUGGUCAAAUUUGACAAGACAAAAAGAGUUGAGGGCAGUGACCCACGUACUAGUGACAACCAUAUAAAUGAUUUGCUCAAUGACUGGUGUUUCGACGUGGAUAAGUUGUUGGAGGAAGUUGAUUCAAUUGGUCAUUUGAUCAACAAGGAGGAAAUGAUGCAUGGUAUUAAGCAAAAGGUAUAG